AUGUCUUCCAGCGACAACACCUCUUCCCUGAAGUCCGUUGUGGACACUGCCACUGGCUACGUUCAAUCUGGUAUUGCCGCUGUGACUGGUAGCACUGGGGACAAGGCCAAAGCCGACGAGUACAAGAACAAAGGUGCCGCGGAAUCAGACCUUUCCCACACCGCCGCCAAGGCAGGCCCCUUCACCAUCAGCUCAACGGGUGCUCCUGCCAAAGACAAUUCCGAACGCACUCAAGGCCAAUGGGAUCAGACUGUUGGUAGUGCCAAGGAAACCAUUGGCAAUCUCGUUGGAAGCGAGGAUCUGAAGCAACAAGGUCGCGAACAGAAUUUGCAGGGCCAAGGGAAAGAGGCUAAGGGUCAACUGAGUGACCUCGGAAAGGGCAUCAGCGAUCGCACCCAAGGAGCUGUCGGUAGUGCCGUGGCGUCCUUGACUGGUGACCGCUCCGAGCAAGCCAAAUACAACGAGAUUCACGAUGAAGGAAAGACCAGACAGCGCGGGGUCGAGUUGGAUCUUGACAAGCAGGCCGCCGCUCAGCAGAAAUAG